AUGUUGGUUCACGGUCGCGGCAGCAUCGCGCAGGUGCACUACACCGGCGAUGAGGCGGCCCCCGAGAUCAAGAAGCUGCUUGACGCAGUGGUCGAGAGCGAAGAUGAGUUUGAGAGGUGGGAGGCCCUGAUCGCUCGCGCUUCGGACCUAGAGGGUGGUGUCACCCGCAACUCCAGCCCGUCCGCCAUUGAGCUCGUCCGCAACGUCUACGACUGCUUCCUCGCCAAGUUCCCGCUCUUCUUCGGGUACUGGAAGAAAUACGCCGAUCUAGAGUUCUCUAUCGGCGGAACUGAGACGGCGGAGAUGGUGUAUGAGCGCGGCGUCUCGUGCAUACCGAGCUCCGUCGACCUGUGGGCCAAUUACUGUGGCUUCAAGAUGGAUACCUCCCAUGACAACGACGUCACCCGAGACCUCUUUGAGCGCGGCGCGCACUUCGUAGGUCUUGACUUCCAGAGCCACCCAUUCUGGGAGAAGUAUAUUGAGUUCGAAGAGCGCAUCCAGGAGCCGACCAACGUCACGAAGAUCCUCGCCCGUAUAUUCCAACUCCCCGUGUACCAGUUCCACCGAUAUUAUGAAAAGUUCCGUCCGCUCAUCACGAGCCGCCCUGUUGAAGAGCUUGCCGAUCCUAAGCUUCUUGAGACGCUGAACAAGGCCGUAGAGGCUGAAAACCAGGGGUUUGAGCGCCCACCUCUGGAGCUUGACCGCCAGCUUCGUGGCAAGAUCGACCACUACUACUACGAUAUCUAUCUCCGUAUUCAGGGAGAAGUCCAAGCGGUCUGGCAGUACGAGAACGCCAUCAAGCGCGCCUACUUCCACGUUACUGAUUUGGAAGACGAAGACCUCGAAAACUGGCGCAAGUAUCUCGACUAUACGGAGAAGCAGGGCGAUUUCCACCGCACCUCUUUCCUGUACGAGCGGUGUCUCGUCGCGUGCGCACUCUACGACGAGUUCUGGCUGCGUUAUGCGCGCUGGAUGUUCUCGCAGGGGGGCAAAGACGAGGACACCCGAGUGAUCUACAUGCGAGCGAGCUGCAUAUUCGUCCCUAUUUCGCGGCCACUUGUCCGUCUCAACUGGGCUCGCUUCGAAGAGAAGCUUGGUCGCAUUGAGGUUGCUCGUGAUAUCCACUUGGCCAUUCUGGAAGAGGUGCCGGAUCAUGUCGAAACUAUAAUCUCACUCGCUGGGGUGGACCGGCGGCACGAAGGCAAUGAUGCGGCCGUACGUACCUUGGAGAUCUACAUCAGCCAGCGCAAUGCCCAAGUGGGUGGCUUCCUCGCCGUGGAGCAGGCACGUAUCCUCUGGCGCUGCAAAGAUUCUCCCAGUGAGGCCCGUCAGCUGUUCAAAGACAAGCACGACAAAUUCCUCGAGUCGAAAGAAUUCUGGCUUAAGUAUCUGGAGUUCGAAGUCUGUCAGCCGGCUCCGGAUCAAGAGGAGGCUCAUGCUCGCGUAAAGGGAGUCCAUGAACUGCUCCGUGCCAAGGGCCGCUUUUCUUCCGACGUCAUGAAAGAGCUCUCGCAGUACUACAUGGAGUACCUGAUGGACUACGGAGGCAAGGGCGCUGCCGAUGAGUACAUGACGCUCGACAAGGAAGUGAACGGGUAUGUAUCGUCCAAAUACCCUUCUCCCCCUCUCGGCAACUCCAAGGGGCAGCCUCACACUUCAGGAAAGAAGCGGAAACACAAGGCGAAAGCAGUCCAGGCCAACGCCAACCCCCUGGUCAACGCCCAGGUCAGCAACGAAGCUGCCUGAGAAGACAGCCAAGUCACAGGCCUUGUCUGACGUUGGCCACUUUCGUUUUCAUCCUUCACACAUGUUCUUAGUAAUUCUGCACUGCACGGUAGACAGUGAAAUGUAAAGAUCCUAAAAGUCUCAAUCUGGUGGCACAGCUGACCUGGUCCUU